GUGUCCAACUAUAUAAAGGAACCGCACCGCUGGCAUCACUAUCAUUCCUCAGCUUGCAAUCCACAGCAGCUCAGCAAACCCACUCAAGUCACAAUGGCAUUCAAGUUCGUCGUCUUCGCCGCCUGCGUGGCCGCCGCUUCCGCUGGCUACCUCGAAGCCCCCACCGCCUACGCUGCCGCCCCCGUGGCCUACGCCGCCGGUGUGCCCGCCAUCUCCUCGGUGGCCUCCAACACCGUCCGCAACUUCGGCAACACCCAGCAGGUCAGCACCUACAGCAAGACCCUGGACACCCCCUACUCCAGCGUCCGCAAGAGCGACAUCCGUGUGACCAACGACUCCCCUGCCCUGGCCUACGCCGGAUACGCCGCCCCCGCUGCCUAUGCCGCCCCCGCCUACACCCAGUACGCUGCUCCCGCCUACGCUCAGAGCUACGCCGCCCCCGCUUACACCUCCUACGCUGCCCCUGCCAUCGCUAAGGUCGCCGCCCCCGUCGCCUAUGCUGCCCCCGCUGCCUACGCCGCCCCCGCCUACACCCAGUAUGCUGCCCCCGCCAUCGCUAAGGUCGCCGCCCCCGUCGCCUAUGCUGCCCCCGCUGCCUACGCCGCCCCCGCCUACGCCCAGUAUGCUGCCCCCGCCAUCGCUAAGGUCGCUGCCCCCGUCGCCUACCACGGUGCUGCUUAUGCCGCCCCCGCUGCCUAUGCCGCCCCCAUCGCUAAGGUCGCCUCCCCUGCCCUCCUCGGCGUCGCCUACUCUGCCGCCCCCGCCGUCGCUCACAUGAGCUUCAAUGGUUACGGAAUCAACUAUGCUUACUAAGUAGUUGAGCCCCGUUUUAACCUCUUCCCUUGUGCAGAGCCUAAAGACUUUUGUACAUAGACCACUGUGAUCGCACUACUCGCGUAAACCUUUCCAUCACAUCGACAUACAUCCCGCAUAUAUGUCUUCCUCACCAGAGAAUUGUUACACUUUAUAUUCUCAAUCAUGUUUCGCAUACGCUGAGCUGUUCUUGUUAUUUCAAAUGCACAAUAAAAUUGCCUUAAUUUAAUUAAAAA